UCUCGUCAGACCGUGAUCAUGAUCGACCCACCAGAUUCCCGCAAACCCUCCUCGUCGGUCUGCCACGAGCCCCAAGACUCCCCAAAAGGACCUCUACCGACCAACAUCCUUGGACAUGCCACCGAGCCAGACCUCACACCAACAAAUCUCAACAGGAUCUACCACUCCCUCGACCGCCGCAUCAUCCCUCCCUUCUGGCUCCUCUACUUCCUCUGCUCCGCCGUCCGCUCAAACCCUGGCCUCGCUCAGACCAUGAACCUCUCCUCCUCCCACGACAUCUCCUCCGUCCUCAACCUCACUCCCCACGAACUCUCCACCGGCCUAGCGCUCUUCUACGUCGCCUAUGUCAUCUUCGAACUACCAUCUAACUUGGCCAUGUCUCGACUCUCGCCUAGCUUGUGGUUGGCGAGGAUCGUGAUCAGUGUUGGGGUGAUUGGCAUCGCGAUGGUGGGUAUGAAGAAUGUGGCAGGGUAUUAUGUUCUUCGAUUUCUGCUUGGCGCGGUAGAGGCGGGGAUGUGGCCGGGUAUGAGUUUGUAUUUGACGUUGUUUUACCCGACGCAUCGUAUGGCGAAGAGGGUGGGGUGGUAUUUUACUGCUAGUCAGGUGAGUGCGGCGGUGGUGGGAUUGGUGAGCGCUGGGUUUCAGAAGAUGGACGGGUUGGGAGGCCUGGAGGGUUUCAGGUGGAUGUUCCUCUUAUGGGGUCUGGUGACUUUUGUGGUUGGUGUUGGGCUGCUGUGGUGGUUGCCGGAUCGACCUGCUGUUCCCGGAGAGGAGAAGGAAGUGAGGAGGGACGGGUGGAGAAGAUGGAUCCCAAGACGUAAGCCGGCGCUGGAGGGCGAGGAUGCGAGAGCCCACUAUGAGGAGCUGAGCAUGGCGUAUGCGAGGACGAAGUGGACGCUUCGAGACUUGUGGGCGGUGGUGGUCGACUGGAGGUGCUGGCCGUUGUUGAUCAUGUACUUCGGAGUGGUGGGCGUCGGAAAUGGAGUGCAGAGCUAUGGAACGGUGAUCCUGAGAGCGAUCAACCCCGGAUUCAGUGGCGUGGAGUUGAGUCUGCUAUACGCUCCAAUUUGGAUCUGCGACCUCAUAGGCAUCCUGUGUAUAACGCCAAUCUCUGACCGCUUCCACCAACAUCGCGCCCUGUGGUUCACCGUCCCAACCCUCCUGCAGAUCAUGGGCCUCGUAAUCGCGACCUACGCCACGUCCGCACGCUGGGCGCAGUACUUCGGCCUCCUCCUCGUGGGCUUCGGUCUCGGUCCUACCGUCCCCAUAACCAUGACCUGGACCGCAGAGAUCUUCCAGCCGCGUCAUGGCGAAAUUGGCGUUGCGGCUGCAGGUGCGCUGGUAUCCGGGCUGGGAAAUUUGGGGUCUGUGGUGACGAAUUAUGCGUUGUUUGCGGGUUGGCCGGAGGAUAAGGCGAGGAUGCCGGUGUAUUUGGGGAGCAACUGGGUGAUGAUUGGGAUUUUGGUGGUUAGUAUUCUGGCGAGCUGGACGAUGGAGGGGUUGUUAAGAGUCGUGGAUGGCAAGGGGAGGGACGUGAAGAGGAAAGUCAGUAGCUGA